AUGGAGCCCGCCAGAGGGACUCCGUCCAGAGUCGUGAGGAAAGUGCGACCCCGAGGAGCCUCCGUGUGCCGACGAGCUCUCCCCUCCAGGCCGCGCCAUGGGUUCAAAAAGCAUCCUCAGCUUCCCAGCCCGAGACCCACCAAGUCCCUCAGAGGCUGGCCCGGCCGGCCUCUCGCCCUGCACUAUCAGCCCCCGGGACCUCCCUCUCCCACCUGGACCAACCAGCACAGCCCCGGGGGCGGCGCCGCAGGCCGUGGCCCUCCUGCACGGGGGGCGAUUGGCCAGCCCGGCCGUCACUCAGGAGGUCGCGCCCUGCCCACGCCCCCCUCCCUCCCCUUCCACCCUCCUAGCCCGGAAAAACGGCGGUUGGGCCAGGGUGGCAGCCAACGGCAGGCGGGGAGUGCUGGGGUGAGGAGCGGGGGACACAGGAAGAAGCGGGCAGGCCAGGCGCGCGCGGAGGGGAGCCUGGCCGGCCGGCGCCGCGGGGACAAAAUGGCGGCGCUGGCGGAGGGCCAGGCGUGA